UUUUUUAAAAAAGGUAUUUAUUUAUUUAUUUUUGUUUGAGGGUGGCGGGAGGGAUUUAUUUAUUUUAGAAACCACAUCUGACAUAUCACAGUAACUUUAUGAAUUAAAUAACUACUUUUAUGAAUAUUAUUUAUUUGCUUCUCUAUUCUUCUAAAAACUAAAUUUGAAAACCUGAAUUGUGACUAAACAGCGAUAUCUAGUGGAGACAACUAAUAUUUCCAUAAAUAAUCACAUGACCGUGAUACAUGAAAAUGAAACUAAAUUUGACGGUGUUGGACGGAGCACAGACGCCAUUACAGGCUGACAGAUCUCUGCUGAAAAAAACUAUUCAGAGUCACAGUAAUUUGGUGAGUUAAAAAGAUUUUAAGGAUCAAAUGGCUGAGAAACUUGCAAUCGUUGAAAAAUUCCUGAGCUGCCACGUGUGUUCAGAGACUUUCAGAGAUCCUGUGUCUCUGAGCUGCAACCACAGCUUCUGUUCAAGCUGCCUGCAGAAAUUCUGGGAACAAACUAAAAACAAAAACUGUCCCAUUUGUAAAAGAAAAUCUUCAAAGGACUAUCCAAGUGUGAACUUUGCUCUGAAAGAACUUGCUGAUUCAUUUACUGAGGGAAAUAAAUCUGGAUCAUCUGAGACAGAAAAGGCAGAGAAGAAAUUAACAGUGGUGUGCAGUAAACACGAGACAAAGUCUAAACUGUUCUGUGUGGACGAGCAGAGAGCUGUGUGUCCUGGCUGUGAGUUUUCUCUCCACCAGAGUCACAAAGUGGUUCCUGUAGAAGAAGCAGUCAGUGACCUGAAGAAGCAGCUGAAAUCUGACUUAAAGUCCCUGAAGGACAAGAGGAACAAAUACAAACAAGUGGAGGAAACUUACAAUGAAAUGAUUCAACACUCUAAGAAGCAGCUGUUGUCCACAGAGAGGCAGAUCAGAGCAGAGUUCAACAAGCUCCAGCAGUUCCUGAAAGAGGAAGAGGAGUCCAGACUGGCAGCUCUGAAGGAGGAAGAGGAGCAAAAGGGGAGGACUAUCAGCAGAGAGAUGAAGAUGAUUGAGGAGCAGAUCUCCUCUCUGUCAGACAGCAUCUGUGCUGUUGAAGAAGAGCUGCAGAAACACAGCGUGCCAUUCCUCAGCAGUUAUAAAGACACUCAGAGCAGAGCCAGAGCCCAGAGCUCAGUGUCAGAUCCACAGCUGGUCUCAGGAGCACUGAUAGAUGUGGCCAAACACCUGGGCAACCUGUCCUUCAGAGUGUGGGAGAAGAUGAAGGAGAAGGUCCACUUCAGUCCUGUCAUUCUGGACCCAAACACUGCAAAAGCCUCUCUCUAUCUGUCUGAUGAUCUGACCAGUGUGAGACUUGGAGACACAAAGCAGCAGCUCCCUGAUAAUCCAGAGAGAAACACUUAUUAUCCCAUUGUUUUUGGCUCUGAGGGUUUCAGCUCAGGGAAACACAGCUGGGAGGUGGAGGUGGGAGACCAUCCUGACUGGAAUGUGGGUUUAGCUAAAGAGUCAGUUGACAGGAAGGGAGAGCUUUUUACUUCACCAAAAUAUGGAAUCUGGUGUUUAAGGCAUAAAAGUGGAGAAUACACUAAUGGUGUUGGUCAGACUGUAACAGUGGAGAAGAGUCUCCAGAGGAUCAGAGUCCAGCUGGACUAUGACAGGGGGGAGGUGUCCUUCUAUGACCCUGAAGACAUGACUCACAUCUACACUCACAGAGACACUUUCACUGAGAAACUCUUCCCAUAUUUCAGCAUUAGAGAGGCAGAAAAUGCCGAAACCUCUGAUAUCAAAAUCUGUCAGACUGAGAUUUGAUUGUAAAGUGAUUCUUUAUUUUAACAGUUUUUUCAGUACAGCAGCAGGUUAAUUUUAGGGAAAUUAUUAAUCAUACUGUCUAACUUCAUUAUCAGGUUUUAUUACAUUUUGUUGAUCUAGUGGAACUAUUAGCAAUUUAAUGAAACCAAAGCAACUUUUUCAUGUGAAAAUCUUGUGACCCACUCGAGUUUGUGUAAGAAACUUUUACAUUUUUUUCUUGUUUCUUUUAAAUUAAUAUUUUCAGAAUAUUUCUCAUGUUGUUCAUGUAAAUAUUUUUGAUAGUGUUAAAAUCUGAAUGAUGAUGAUUUCUUUGCUUUUCAAAGUUGUUGAGUGUGAACAGCAAACUGUGACACUUCUUAAAAGAAGGAUUACUGAUUAAACAUCAGCGAGAGUCAACUUUACAACUACAAGAUUUAAAUUUCCUGAUUAUCAGCAUCUUGUUUUCAGUUAAAUAACAUUUGAAAGUAACACUUCUUCUUUAAAGUUUUCCAAAUUCAAUGAAAUGACUUCUAAGUUCUGAUGCUGUCUCAUCACUAGGGCUGCCACAAACGAUUAUUUUGAUAGUCGACUAGUCACCGAUUAUUUUUGCGAUUAGUCGACUAAUCAGAUCAUGCAUCCAUUGGACGUAAAACGUACAGCUUAUUUCACCAGCAGCAUCUGCUCUUAUAUAACUAUCAUUAGCUUAUAGCUUGAAGUGUUUAAGGUCUGUGCUAACUAAAAAUAAAGACAAGAUAAUAGUUUGUUUAGGUGAAGAUUAAUAAACUCCUUGCUAUCUAAAAUAUAACAGGACACCGGAGUAUAUUCUCGAGCAUCUCACAUUUCUGAUAAUCAGUUUUCUGCUUGACGUUUAUUCAGCUGUGU